AUGGACGAGCGGACUGUCAUCGCUCCAGACAUCUCGACAAAUCAGCCAAAUCCCAGACAGCGCAAUCGCAUCCACAAUCAAGCCAUCAAAAGAGCCAAGGCUAAUAUAGGGAAACCUCGCGACCACAUCUUGUCGACGUCUCGUGAUGAAAGUCCUGACUCGCAACCCAUUCGCGAUUCGCUACUUGGGUUGGUCAAAGCUGGCGUCAAUCAGGAUCUCACCAUAACCACCACUGUGGUGUCACCGAGGUUGACUGUGACAUCUGGGGGGCUUCGUGGCGAUCCGUUCUGUGCUUUCCCAAUAUCACCGGAAGGGGGUGUCCUUUCAGCUGUCGACUAUUUCCUCCAGCACUAUGCGCCGGUUCACAUCAAUCCCAGAAAAGAGCAAUUAGGUCCAGCAGAUAGCUUGCCGCUAUCGCGACGGUAUUUUGGUCUGGCCUUGGAGAAUGCGUCCAUGUUUGAACUCAUGGUGGCGCUCGCUCAAGCCUCGUAUGAAGCCCGGCGUGGAAACGUUCGAGAACCAACAAGAGAAGUCUUGAUCCACUAUGGGAAAGGAAUCGAAGCCCUGCGUCUCAAGAUGGCACGUAGCCCAACUUGCGACGAUGAUGCCACGAUUUUGGCGAUCAUGGCCCUGCUGGGAAUCGCCUUGAUUUACAAUGACUUUGUUUCGUUUGAGACCCAUUUGAUUGGUCUACGCCAUCUUGUGGAACUGCGAGGAGGGGUUGAUCGUCUGGGGUGGGACGACUUCCUGAAGAAUUCAAUUACUGGCCUCGAAUCUCUCUGGGCGUACCACGAAAAUAAGAAGAUGAGCAUUUCGACCACCGAAGUCAGCAUCAAACUACAAUAUCCGAAACAUCCAUUUCCUCCUGACCUCUGCACCCUGAUCGCCAAGCUUCCCGAUGGAUUUCGAGAGAUUUCCUUGUCCGGGAGUCUCUGCGUUCAGAUCAUCACAGUGUUGGCACGUGUGACGGAGUGGGUUGCACAGUUGCAAGGCUCGCGGAAGAAGGGAGUCCUCGCCUUGGGAGAUCCAAACGGCACGUAUAUGAAGCAAACGCAGGCGUGUCUCGAAUUGGUGCCUCUUCGUGGGUUGAACACACUUGAGAGGGUUCUUUGUUCGGCGCUGGCGGCCGUUACCACGGAGACCUUUCGCCAAUCCAAGCAACAGAACCCGGUGCAUCGGCGAUUGGUCGAAUCGCUCUCGGAAAUGCUUUCCCGAUACAAUCUGCGCGACUUACCGCUUGAAUGUACCAUAUGGAUGGCGUUGGUCAUCGCAGGUCCUGCGUAUUCGUCUAACGAGGGGCCUACAAGCGAAGCAGUGUCGAUGAAUCAAGCUCAACCACAUGCCCCACGAUUUGUCCUCUUGGAUAGAAUUCUCGAGGAUUCAUCCAGUGCCAGGAAUUGGAAGUGGGUCAAGAAGUCAGUCGUAAAGUUCUUCUGGAGUGAGGACUUAUUGGCAGUAUGGCGACAGACGUGGGAACUGGCGUUGUUGCGGCAUGUUCAGAAGGCUGAAAUCACGGCCCUGUCACCACCGCUAUUGGUACCAGUUAACAACUAUAGCCAAUGGACGAUAAAAAUCUACAAUUGGGGAGAACGAGUCACGGUUGAAGUUAAUCGUAACUCUCUCGAAGGUCAUUUGCGGCUGAGGCAGCGUGGCAGCUUCAUGCAUGUAGACAACUUUGGAAUGCACGGGCCUUUCUUACCUAAGGAUGUCGUGUCCAAGGAGCGGACGCGGUGGCCUAAUGAGGCUCCCUCAAGCAUGUCCGUCCACCUUAAGGGGAAGUCGGCCGUGAAGGCCUCGAAUGAAAUGGACAAGGUGCCCAAGCUGAGUGGGAACGGGUUGAUGCUUGAUUCGCCAAGGCGACCGCCACCAACGCAACUCCCGGUGAAUCGACGUCAUCUCAUGCUGCAGACCAACUUGGAACCUUCCCCCCGGAUCAUCGGUCGUCGAUCGAUGCAUGCUCCUCCACCUGCUGCUCAGAACAACCCACCGAUCUUUUCCAAGGAAAACACAGUCUAA